CAUCCUCCAGGUGAAGACAAAUACGGGUAUGAAGAUGCUGGUGAAAGAUGGAGACCUGUUCAUACUGUUGAAACUAUUUUAUUAAGUGUCAUUUCAAUGCUUUCGAGUCCUAAUGAUGAGUCACCUGCAAACAUUGAAGCUGCCGAAUGGAGAGAAAAUUAUCCUGCAUUCAAAAAGCGCGUUCAACGUAUAGUUCGAGAUGCCAUAG